AUGAUAAUCAUAGAAACGGCCCACACUAUUUCCUCUACAAACAAACAGACAAACGAAAAGAAAUGUUUAGCACAAAAACUCUCGGUGAAGCUGUACAGAACUAUUGGAGCAUUUUUAUUCGCCACGACAUGUACAUUAUUUCUGACAGAAACCAUGAAAUUAUUUGGAGGAAGGCUCCGCCCCCAUUUUGUAUCUUUAUGUAAACCAGACUUUUCUAAAAUAAACUGUUCCCAUGGUUACAUUAUGAUACAAACUGACGUGUGUACAUCAGACGUUACAAAGAGGAAACUUUUAGAUUCAAGGAAAUCGUUCCCAUCAGGCCAUGCUUCUUUGUCAACUUUCGGUGCAAUAUAUUUACUGAUUUUUCUGCAGCUCCGUUUCACAUGGACGAAAAAAAUAAGAAUAUUUUUGCCAUUAAUACAACUUGGAAUUUUAUGCGCAGCCAUAUUUGUUUGUAUUUCCCGCGUGAAUGAUAACAAACAUCAUUUUAGUGACGUCAUCGCUGGUGCUAUUUUAGGAACGGUCAUAGCUUUAUUGUCGUUAAAAUACGUGUCUUGUAUACGAAAGGAUGUGUCACAAGAAACCCAUUAUCUACACGAACAAUCACGAGACAGAUCUAGUAAUCCUGUACUUAUUAACAAUAUAACAACAACAACAAAUUCAGGACAGUCUCCAAAUAUUGUUGUUGAGAUGAAAGAUGUAUGACACACACAUGUAUAAUGAUUUUACAGUCGACUCCGCUUAUAACGAACUCAAUAGGACAUUAAUAUAUCGUUCGUUAUAUCCGAAGUUCGCUAUAAGCGAAGUAGCAACACAAUUCACUGGCUUGUUUGGGUGUGAAAAAACAAUACCUGUCACUGAAUAAAAUUGAGCCUCGUCACGACAAAACCAACAUAAUGGGUUUGCGACCAGCAUGGAUCCAGACCAGUCUGAUCAGGAUCCAUGCUGUUGGCUUACAAACCCUAUUACAAGAAGAGAAACUGAUAGCGAACAGCAUGGAUCCUGAUCAGACUGCGCGGAUGCGCAGGCUGGUCUGGAUCCAUGCUGGUCGCAAACGCACUAUGUUGGUUUUGUAAAGAUGGACUCAUAUAUGUUGUAUGAAUAUAUAUAAUAUCAGAUCAUGUAUCUCACACUUGCCAACAAAAUCUUUAUAUAAUUCUGUCAUGAUUUGCUUCUAUGUCUGAUACUAAAUGCUGUCAACACGAUUAUUCAUUGUAUUACAGACCAAUUCCCUUUAAUAGUAUAACUAAAAGAAUGAUACAGGAAUUCAAAGUAAUA